GCACCACUCCCGCAGUUCUUAUCCAACCCCAGCCAUGAUAGAUCCAGUCACGGUCCUCGGUCUCGUAGCAACAAUCAUAUCUAUUGUUGACAAAACUCGCGAAAUUGCUGCCAUUCUGGUCACCUACAAAAACGACAGCGCAGAACUUGAGGCUAUCAUCUCUAGCCUUACACUCAGACUCCCUUUGCUAGCUGAGAUCCUCCGCAAGAUCAAGCAAGCAACAACGGAAGAACAAAUCCGGAGCCAGAGAGCAGUUCUAAAUGAAUGUUCCCGGCGCAUGGCGGAUCUAUACGAGAGACUCGAAAAGUUGAGGCCGAAAGACCGGGAGGGAAGAAUUGCGAAAAUGAAACGAAAAUCCGACGAGAGGGAAAGAAUUGGAGAGAUUAAGCAGCGCAUGCUUGAUCUUGAGGUGUUCAUCCAGACGUUGACCACGUAUCACCAAAUGAUCUACAUGGAAAGGACAGAUUUAUACACGAUUAUCAAUUCGUCUUGGGCUAUGUUAUUCACGUUAUUCAUCCAUGCGAAGAACAAGGUGCAGUCGAUAUACACGAUUUUACUCACGGAUCCUGCCCUGUUCUUGAACAUGGUCAUUCGCUUGCUGCCGCCGCUACUCUUUAUCCUCGCUUUGAGCUUUUUAUGCGCUUCCUUUGGGCUUAUCGUGGCCCUGAGACAUGAGUUACUCUUGUCUCGACUGCUCUGCAGCGGAUUAGAAGUGGAUAAAGUAUGGGUGGCGAGAUGUCUUCGUAGCUUACUGGACAGCUGGUGGCGCGCUCAUUGCUUUGUUGAACAACGAUCUGUAGAAGUGGUGGCGGUUAGUAGAUGGAAAUUGUGGUGAUUCUCCACCAUGGGUGUUUGAGGGGGUACUUGGACGGUAGAUUUCUGACUUUCACCUCAAUUCGAAUUUCUAGCCGGUCUAGAUUUCCAUCAAAGGUUACUGUGGGACAAAAGUUUAUCAUUACCAAAAACGGUCUUUGCUAUGUUUGGGCAUGGGUAGUUAUAAAUCAUUCGUUUAGAAUUUUCAAAAGCGGGGAUGACGAAUACUUGGGCGACAAAUGAGCAGCAAUGGAGGUCUUAAAUGUUG